CCCCGGAGCGCGUGCGCAGUACCACGCGGCUGAGCUCUUAGGGGUCCCUACUUUUAGAUCCCGGGCGGCUGCCGCGGGCGGGACGCCUGACUCGCCCACCAUGCUUCGGGGUCUGCGUCCUCGCGGGCCCAGGGCGGCAGCCCUGGCUGCGGCCGGGAGCUUCUGGGGGCCAGCCUACUUUCCCGGCCGCCUAGGGUGUCUGGGGAUGACAGGGAGGCUCGCGGUGCGGUCAGUGGCAGGGGCGGGUAGUCCCCAGAGCAGCCCGAAUAGCGGCAGAUACCGCGACACCGUGCUGCUGCCGCAGACCAGCUUCCCGAUGAAGCUGCUGGGCCAUCAGCAGCGGGACAUGGAGCUGGAGAUCCAGCAGAAAUGUGGGUUUUCAGAGCUUUAUUCCUGGCAAAGAGAAAGAAAAGUAAAGACGGAAUUUUGCCUUCAUGAUGGACCUCCUUAUGCAAAUGGCGACCCUCAUGUUGGGCAUGCUUUGAACAAGAUUUUGAAAGACAUUGCCAAUCGAUACCAUAUGAUGAGAGGUUCCAAAGUGCACUUUGUGCCUGGCUGGGAUUGCCAUGGGCUGCCCAUUGAAACAAAAGUGCUGUCAGAGCUAGGUGUAAAUGCUCAGACCCUGACAGCCAUGGAAAUCAGAGAGAAAGCUAGAUCAUUUGCUAAAGCAGCCAUUGAAAAGCAGAAGUCAGCGUUUGUUCGUUGGGGAGUAAUGGCAGAUUGGAAUAACUGCUAUUAUACAUUUGAUGCAAAGUAUGAAGCCAAACAGCUGAGGAUAUUUUACCAAAUGUAUGAUAAGGGCUUGGUUUAUCGAUCUUAUAAACCAGUGUAUUGGUCUCCCUCAUCAAGGACUGCGUUGGCUGAAGCCGAACUUGAGUACAAUCCUGAGCAUGUUAGUCGGUCGGUAUAUGUAAGGUUCCCUCUCUCAAAACCUCCUCCUAAGUUGGAAUCUCUUACAGGAGCCUCAUCUGUUAGCGUUUUAGUCUGGACCACCCAGCCGUGGACAGUUCCAGCCAAUCAGGCUGUUUGCUAUAUGCCAGAGGCAAAGUAUGCAGCUGUGAAAUGUUCCACUUCCGGAGCUGUCUACAUCCUGGCUGAAGAUAAGAUACCAGUUGUUGCUUCUACCCUGGAAACAACAUUUGAAGUUAUUUCAACGUUUUCAGGUGUGGACCUGGAAGGUGGUUCGUGUAGCCACCCUUUAAUUCCUGAUAAAGAGUCUCCUCUUUUACCUGCCACUCACGUGACUAUGGCCAAAGGAACAGGAUUGGUUCACACAGCCCCAGCUCACGGUAUGGAAGAUUACAGCGUAGCAUCUCAGCACAACCUCCCUAUGGACUGCUUGGUGGAUGAAGAUGGGAUGUUCACUGAUGCUGCGGGUCCUGAACUUCAAAACAAGGCUGUACUUGAGGAGGGAACAGACGUGGUUAUAAAGAUGCUUCAGACUGCAAAGAAUUUGUUGAAAGAAGAGAAAGUGGUACAUAGCUAUCCCUGUGACUGGAGAACUAAGAAACCUGUGGUGGUUCGAGCCAGUAAGCAGUGGUUUAUAAACAUCACAGAUAUCAAGACCACAGCUAAGGAGCUGUUAAAAACAGUGAAGUUUAUUCCCGGAGCAGCACUGAAUAGCAUGGUUGACAUGUUGGACAGGCGGCCAUACUGGUGCAUAUCAAGGCAAAGAGCUUGGGGUGUUCCAAUUCCUGUGUUUCAUCAUAAGACAAAGGAUGAAUAUUUGAUCAACAGCCAAACCAUCGAGCAUAUUACUAAACUAGUAGAGCAGCGUGGCAGCGACGUUUGGUGGACCCUCCCCCCUGCGCAGCUUCUCCCGGAGGAAGUCGUAGCACAGGCCGGUGGUCCAGAUGCUUUGGAGUACGUGCCAGGGCAGGAUAUUUUGGACAUCUGGUUUGAUAGUGGAACUUCAUGGUCUUGUGUUCUUCCAGGCACUGAGCAGAGGGCAGAUUUGUACCUGGAGGGGAAGGACCAGCUGGGGGGCUGGUUCCAGUCCUCCUUACUAACGAGCGUGGCCACAAGGUCAAAAGCACCUUUCAAGACAGUGAUGGUUCAUGGAUUUACGCUUGGAGAAAAAGGAGAAAAGAUGUCCAAGUCCCGAGGGAAUGUCAUUAACCCUGACACUGUCAUCAAUGGAGGAAAAGAUCACAGCAGAGAGCCUCCCUAUGGAGCUGAUGUCCUGCGCUGGUGGAUAGCUGAAUCCAACGUCUUCACUGAAGUGACCAUUGGCCCCUCUGCACUCAGUGCUGCCCGAGAGGACAUCAACAAGCUUAGAAACACACUCCGCUUUCUCUUGGGAAAUGUGGCCGAUUUUAACCCAGAGACAGAUUCCGUUCCUGUCAAAAAUAUGUACAUCAUAGACCAGUACAUGCUGCACUUGAUCCAGGAUUUUGCAACAAAGAUCACUGCCUCGUACAAAGAGUAUGAUUUUGGAAAAGUUGUCAGGCUGUUAAAAGCAUUCUACACCAGAGAACUCUCCAGCUUUUACUUCAGCAUAGUCAAGGAUAGGCUCUACUGCGAAGGCGAGAAGGAUCCCAAGCGGCGCUCCUGCCAGACUGCACUGGCAGAGAUUCUGGAUGUGUUGGUCCGUUCUUUUGCCCCUAUUCUUCCUCACUUGGCAGAAGAGGUGUUCCAGCACAUCCCCUAUGUUAAAGAACCCAAGAGUGUUUUUCGCACUGGCUGGAUUGAAACAAGCUCUAUCUGGAAGAAGCCAGGACUGGAGGAGGCCGUGGAGAGUGCUUGUGCCAUGCGAGAUUCCUUUCUUGGUAGCAUCCCUGGCAAAAAUGCUGCCAUGUAUGAAGUUUUCAUAGUGAUUGAGCCGGGGCUACUGUUUGAAAUGAUGGAGAUGCUCCAGGCCAAGGAGACCUCUAGCACGUCUCAGCUGAAUGAGUUGAUGAUGGCCUCCCGAACAACACUUCUGGCUCAGGAGCCACGGGAGAGGGCUGAAGAUGGCAUUGAGCUUACAGGGACAUUCCUCAUCAAUCUAGAAGGUGGUGACAUUCGUGAGGAGUCUUCGUAUAAAGUCAUUGUCGUACCAACUGCCAGAGAAAAGUGCCCUCGAUGUUGGAAGCACACCGCUGAGACUGCAGACACCCUCUGUCCUCGGUGUGCAGAGGUCAUUGGUGCAAAGUAGCACUCUGAUGUUAACAGCUCUGUGAGCGAUAACCCUCCUCACAGUACUGACUGGGGUGGAUCAGACCCUAGAAAGAAAUCCAAGGCUUAGGUAAGGAGUGCAAGAGUAAGUGGUAAAAGAUGGAGUAAAAAUCAGAAAAUCAAAAGGAGUAUUUCCUGUAACUUCAGAAAUAAUGUAUAUAUACACACAUGGAAAUAUAUAUAAAUAUAUAUAUUAUGCGCAGACAUGUAUAGAAGGCAGGCACACACUCAUAGACUUCCUCAGAGACAGACACUGAAUAUGGUUACUUGCAAUGUGGCCAAGCAGAAUGUUUUAUAUUUUAUUAAAACUUUUUCCACUCAGUAUUUAAACUCUGUGAUGUCUGAAAAUAAAGGCAUUCUGGGAAACUCCCAACUGAUGAUGGUGUA